CAGUGGGCGGGCAAAUACUAGUUCAUAGUGCGUGGUACUAUUGCACAUAAAAAAAAUCGAGCUACCUCUCAGAUCUGACAAACGCGAUUAUUAUCAAAACACCGAUCUGUUUUCUGAAUGGAUCGCAGCUACGGAACUCCAAGAUCUGUUGAUGCUGUCGAUCCCACUUCUUCGUAUGAUGCUUGGCCGACUUUACCAUCUACCCGGUCGAUAUCCGAAACAAGCUCGAGGUCUCGAUGCUUCUGCUGCCGCUUGCGACUAUCUUGGACAGCUGUCAGCGUGGUGGAGAUCGCUCUGAUGAUUGUCACUGUUGUAGCAUAUUAUUUCCUUCCCAAAACGUUUCUUGAAAGAAUGUUACAGCCUGAAAAAAGAGAUCUUGUAAACGAAGUGUCAGUGUGGAUGAUGCGAACGGUCGGAAGUAUGGUUAGCGUGCAGGUCAGAAAUAUAUACAAUACCAUUGCUGUUCUUUUAUGAAUCAAGAGUCGUUCUUGGUUAAGAAAUUAAAAGAACUUUCAUGCGCUGUACCAGUCACAGUAUUAAUUGAAAUUUUGCAAAAUUUAGCUCAUAAAAAUUUCAUAAGGUUUAUUAAAGCUUCCGUAUUUCGUUCGUGAUAUAGUUCGAAACUGAGAAAUUUAGAAGCGAACCUCGCUCAAGAUACCAUGGGUUCUUACAUAAAUCAAUGAAAAAUGAGACUUUUUGACACUAAUUGUUUUAGUUAACAUUUCAACCCAAGAUUCUUUGGAAAUAUUUCUCAAAGUUUCGACUGACAGCUUUUAAAUUAAUUGAUGACCAGCUAAGGAACGCCUCCCUCCCUCUAAAACCCAAAACUACAAACCCUCUAUGGCCAAUCACACGGGAUAUGCCCCAUAACAUAUCAUGUUUAAGAAGAGUACAUAAUUGUUUCACAUGACUGUUUGAUGCAUCACUGAAUCUAUGUGUGGUAUAUCUGCAUUUUAUCUGGUAGAGUUACCUACAGAGGUCUCCUUUUUCCAGAGAUGAUUUCUUAAGGGAGGGGAGGGGGAGCACAGAAGGAGAGGGGCAGAGCACUCAAGUGCUCAUGUACAACUCUGUUAGCUAGGGAUUUGUCUUAAAAAAAAAAAGGCUUGUUUGGGGAUUUAUUGGCUCCAUCAGGGAAUUUUAGAGUAACCUUGACUUAAAUGGUAAUAUAAUUGAUGAAUUUUGAAAACACCUUACUGUGGAGCAUACAAAGUGAAACCCUUUAACUCCCAUGAGUGACCAAGAAGGAAUUUCUCCUUACAUGCAAUAUCAACAUAAUAUUAAGCAGACAAGUAAUUAGAGUAGAGAAAAAUAUUGAUUAGGGGAUUAUUGGUUGAUCCAGUACCGAAUUCUCCAAUCUAACAUUUUGAGAAUUGUAUAGCCUGCAGGCGGUAAGAAGAAUUACCAGUGAGAUCUUACUUACAUUGAAUUUUGAUAGUUUCACAGAGUUGCAUUAAUAACAGCUAGCAGAAAAUUUCUAGUCAGAAUAUUCGCAAAAAAGACGAAUUGUGCAAAAAUAAAAAAUCUUGCUCUUGCCUUAGAAGUAAAAUCCACAUGAUGUUGCUUCUGGUGUUUGUUUCAGAUUGUCCUUCUCAUUGGUGGGAUUGGCUGGGGCAAUGCAGUAACCAGGAAAAUCAUCUACUGGGGAAUGUUAACAGGAGACAUUCUGCUUGUCGCCAUCCAAGCAGCUUUUGUACACAGUAUGUCCACCUGGAAUGCAGUCAACUUGUCAAUAGUAGUUUUGGCAUCAACAUUUGCUCUCUUCAGGAUGAUAACACUGAUAUGUAAUCCAAGAUGGUGGCUCUGGGUCCCAGAACCUAACUUCUGAAGUUUGGUUUUACACGAGACAGGCAGAGUGAAACAAAGAACAUGAUUUUUACAGAUUAUGUGUAAUACCCAAAUUUUAUGGACUGCUGAAGUUGACAAUAUUCUUUCAGUUAUCUAAGGAGCUAUUUAUGACAAACAUUCUAACCCUUUAACUCCCAUAAGUAACCAGAAGAGACCUUAUCCUUACAAUAUCAAUACAAUAUCAACCAGAUAAGAGAUGAGAAUAAAGAAAAAUAUCAAUUUGGGGAUAAUUAGUUGAUCCAAUACUAAAUUCUCUGAGCUAACAUUAUGAGAAUUGUAUGGUUGACAGUAAGGAAAAUGAAAAAUUUGAUCUGGGAGUUAAAGGGUUAAGGAACUGUAAAAGUAGAUGCUAAUGAGACAAAAGUAGACUGUGAGUGCCUUUCAAUUAAGUCACAUCAGGUACAAACAAGUUUUAUUGUGACAGAGGCAUCUGAAGUGGUGUAUCAGGGUGAAAUAUAAUGGAAGUUGUGUAGGAUUGAAUUCUGGUUGCAUUAAACUGCAAUUUUUUUUAUCCUUCUGAAAGGUUGGCACACUAUGUAGAUCAUAUUGCAGGAACAGUUUUCCUCGUGUGAUCUUCCAAUUUCGCCAAAAAUUUUGCCUAUUUCAGGCAUUCACUUGUUAAAAUAGAGCAAGAUGAUAAAAUUAAAUAUACUAUGAUAGUGCCUGCACGAAAAAAGUUGGAGAUUCAAUCUGGGUCCACAAAAGGACUGAGGUUUGGGUUCUUAAGGUGAUCGACAAAACCUCCUUCCUUUUCGGAGCUGAACCAAACCUCCUGCUUCUUUGCUCUGCCACUACUAUUGUGCUUUUAACUUUACCACUACACUCCAUUUUACUUACUGAAAGCCUAGUACAGGCCACCUGAAAUUUUGUUUCAUGGCAAAAUUCAGCAUGGUUGUAGAGAGUUUUUACACUGCUUUACACCCUCUCUACUGCAGAAACAGGACUGAAUCAAUUAAAAAUCUCUAUGUGAUACUGAGAGUUUUAAUCACAUAUUGACCCAACAUUCAUGGAGCGCAUUGUGCUCUUUUUCUGUUGUAUGUGUCUUUUGUGGAACAAGGAAAGCAGCUUGUCCCCUAUAUAGGGUACCAACCUUCUGUUAAGAUUUUGGUAAAAGUUUAACAUAAUGAACCAAUUAAAUUUAAGUAACCUCUUCACUUAUUUUGUAAAAUUGUAUCUUAAUUGCUCAGAGUGAUCAUUAUUUUACAAAGGAGCUAGUAUUUUUGGUACUAUGAAGAAUACUUUUUAUUUAUAUUUUAAUUAAAGUGGCACAUGUGUCAGUCCUUUUUAAUAAAUUAGGUCUGUCCUGAUAGCAAUAUUUUAACUGCGAAGUAUCACUUUUUCUGGUUUAGUAAGCUUUAAGGAAUGAUCUUUUGUCUUUUCAAACAAAGUAAGCAAUAAUGCCUAAGAUCUUUUGAUGACCAAUUCUUUCAUUUUAAUGUAGUUUUGGUGUAAAUUUUUACUAGGAUCAUUAACAUCUUAGUACUGACCAGGUGAAGAUGUAUUUCAAAGCAAUUCAAAGGCUGUUGUUCGGUUGUAUUACUGUCACGUCCAUUAACAAAAAUAUUGAAAUGUAAACUAUUUUAAUAUGGCUUCACCCAUAGAAUAGAUGGUUGUGAAAUGUUGUGUUGAAAGUGUAAAUUGUCACAAGGAAGAACAAUGAACUGAUUGACAAUGCUU